ACAUACAUACAUGACAAAUAGGUACUGUAGCUGUAGGCAACGGACCAUGGUGAUGAACCGCAUGACCUGCGCGUGGUGAUGAUACAACCGAAGCAUGUGCAGCAAGUCUGCAAGGGCUGUCUUUUCUCUUAUUUUGUUUUAUUACACAUCAUUUGAUUGUAAUGGCACAUCGUAUUAUGGAACACGGCCCAGUUGAUAGACUCUGCUUUAUGAGCAACGAGAGCUCGAUGAGUUCGAAAGGGAACAUGGAGGGGUUGGCAGUGUGGAGAUGCCCAAAUGAUAGGCGAGAUAAAGCGAGCAAGAUGAAGGAGAGAAGCCGGCAUUCUCCUUUUCCAGUGCCACACAAAAACCACGUCGUCAUGGGGUUGCUUGCAGCUUCGUACUUGUACUUUGUGCUGGAACCUCGAUUUGGACCGAUGAGGCGGGCGCUUAAGCAAGGUUGGAGGCCAAUUGAGGGCAGUACCCGCUUUCACGAGUGGCGUAAAAAAUCAGAAAGAAUUGAAUUCUUGAGAAGAAAAGGAAAAAGAAAAGAAAGAGAAAAGUGCCUAAUGAGAUCCGAUGCGAAAAAAGCAAAGAAAAAAAGUGGGAGUAAACGCAGCCUUGGCAGAAACCGGUUCGACUAUCGUCCUUGUUUCGUGUAUUGACUGCAAUCUACAGGUUCGGUGGGAGUAAAUUGACGGGG